AUGGCCAGAGCUGUUGUACCACAAUCCUUAGCUGAUGGUGUUUAUUUUAUUCCAAUGCUUGAUGGCACUAAUUUUUCUGACUGGAAAGAUUUGGUUCAAUUUACCUUGGGGUAUAUGGACCUUGACUAUGCAUUCCGUGUGGAGCAACCACCUGCUGCCACGGAUACGGAUGCACAGGAAGUUAUUGAAAAUCGCCAAUGGUGGGAGCGAUCUAAUCGCCUAAGUCUAAUGCUCAUAAAGUCUCGCAUGAGUAAGAGCAUUAGAGGUUCUAUUGGUGAUUGCGCUACAAUUAAGGAAUUAAUGCAGGCAAUUGAGGAACAGUUUGUUCGCUUUGACAAGGCUUUAGCUAGCACUCUUAUCAGACAAUUCACUACUAAAACCUUUGACAGUUCUAAGGGUAUGCGUGCAUACAUUACAGAAAUAAGAGACAUUGUUUCUCAACUUAAGGGCUUAAAGAUAGAGAUAUCUGAGCCAUUCUUGGUCCAUUUCAUCCUUGACUCACUGCCAUCUGAGUAUGGACCUUUCAAGAUCUCUUAUAACACACAUAAGGAAAACUGGUCAGUCACGGAUCUUCUGACCAUGUGUGUGCAAGAAGAGGAAAGGAUGAAGCAUGAUCGACCUGAAAGUGCAAAUAUGGUCGUGAAUGAUAAAGUUAAGACCGAGAAGGGCCAAAGUGGACCUCAAAAGAAAAGGAAGCAUAAUGUGCUAUCAAAAUCCAAUGGAUCUAAUGGCAAAAAGGUGACCUGCUUCUUUUGUAAGAAAGAGGGACAUGUAAAGAAGAGUUGCAUCAAGUAUAAAGAGUGGCUUGAAAAGAAAGGUAGCUCUAUAUCUCUUGGUUUUCUCACCAGAAGGAAACCAACAACAAGUGAACUUUGGGUUUUCACCGAAAAUAAAGGGCGUUCACAAGUUGUUGCAGUUGGAGUUUUUAGAAAUAAAAUUCCUGUUGGUUCUGGAACUUUAGUUGAUAACCUUUUUAAAUUAGAUAUUCAUCCCGAUUUUGAAGAGAAUUAUCUCUCUCUGCAUUCAGUUGGCAUUAAGAAAAACCUUUUGAAUGAAAAAUCUUCUCUACUAUGGCAUAAGAGAUUGGGACACAUCUCUAUAGAGAGGAUGAGACGGUUAGUAAAAGAAGGGAUCCUACAGGAUCUUGAUUUUACUGACUUCAAGAAUUGUGUGGACUGCAUAAAGGGCAAGCAGACCAUCAAUAAUUCUAAAGGUUCAAGAAGGAGUUCCAGUGUUCUUGAGAUUAUACACAUAGAUAUAUGUGGACCAUUUUCUACCCCUUGCCUGAAUGGUCAGAGAUAUUUUAUCUCAUUUAUUGACGACUAUUCUAGGUAUAUGUAUCUUUAUCUUCUGAACGAGAAGGCUCAAGCACUAGAUGUUUUCAAAGCCUAUAAAGCAGAAGUAGAGAAUCAAAGUGAAAAGAAAAUCAAGAUCGUAAGAUCUGAUAGAGGAGGGGAAUAUUAUGGUAGGUACACAGAACCUGGACAAAUUAAGGGUCCAUUUGCAAAUUUCCUUCAGGAAGAAGGCAUUGUUGCCCAAUAUUCAAUGCCUGGUACACCAUCACAAAAUGGUGUUGCAGAAAGAAGGAAUCGUACGCUAAUGGAUAUGGUAAGGAGCAUGAUUAGUAAAUCUAAUAUGCAACUUUCCUUGUGGAGUGAAGCUCUUAAAACUGCAGUGUAUAUAUUGAAUAGGGUUCCAUACAAAUCUGUCUCUAAGACACCUUUCGAGUUGUGGAAAGGGUGGAAACCUAGUUUAAAUCAUAUACACAUAUGGGGUUGUCCUGCUGAAGUUAGGAUUUAUAAUCCUAACAUAAAGAAGUUAGAUCCAAGGACAACUAGCGGUUUCUUUAUUGGGUAUUUAAAUAACUCCAAAGGAUAUAGAUUUUAUUGUCCUAAUAAUAGCCCUCGAAUUGUUGAAUCUAAAAAUGUAAAAUUUCUUGAGGAUGUUGAACUUAGUGGGAGUGUGAAUCCUCAAGAGGUCACUUUUGAGGAAACACCUGAACAUGCUACUUUGCCUUCUUUUGGAGAAAGAAUGGUUGUCUUAAGGCAAAAUAGAUCGUAA